AUGGCGUGGAUGUGUGGGAGCCUGGAGGAGGGCAUCGAAGAUUCCUGGCCGUGGAUGCAAACCUCUCCUGGUGGUUUGCCAACGCGACAAGGUUAUCGAACGACUGCCAUAGCCCUUCUUGUCGUAAAAAUGGCGCUCGACGGCGUAGGCAGAGUCGAGUCAGUUGAGGGUCUGUUCAUUAAAGGUAGUGCGAUCCGGAGAGGCACUGGGCUGCUGUGCGGAGUCGAGUACGAUGUCGUAGCCCCACUGCUCUCAGCUGGCAACGACGAGGACACCGGGAUGGGCUGUGGGGAAGAAGGGUACAAGGAGGAGGGUGGGACGAAGAUCCUGGCACCGACGUCCAACGACGAUGUCCAUCUGGGCGUCUAUUCUCCUCCCAGUACGCGACAAACGGAAAUCAUAUCUCUAGGAGCGUUUCCUGCUGUACACUGUGAAUGUGAGAGACGGCGUGCGGGGGAUGCGCGUGUGGAUAGAUUAUAUCUACAACAGAACAGUGAGCGGAAACUGCAAGGGAGGGAAGAGGAUGACAUCGAGCUACAGGAAGUACCGCACUACUCCAAACCUUGCUCGCCGGACGACGAUACAUCGUCUCGGCCCAAAAACGGGUUCUUGAGGGGACCACAUUUUGAUGUAGACAUCAGAAGUACUGCAGAUCAGCCGCCAUCCGCAACUCUACCGUCUCUCUUGUAUUACCUCUACCACUCCCACACGCCUGGUCUUGCUCGCCAGACUGACGAUACGUCAUCUCUGUCCAAAAUCUGUCCUUCCAGCUCGAAGGCACGCUCGUCUCGGCCUAGCGUAGUCGAGAAUUUGCGCGUACACAGUCAUCAAGGGAGUGUUGGAAGUGCGGAGAGCAGACGAUGGAGGUCGUGCUGUAGAGGGGAAGUCGUCAAUAAGAUGUAUUGCCGGGGGCAGGAAUAA